AGAUGAAAAAUAUAAAAUCUCAAUCCCUGGAGGUCACCAAGUGUUAGAAUUUCUUGUCAUUGAAGGUACCCUCUUUUUGUUGCUUGACCCUCAAUCAAAGACCCAUCUUUUCCGUUUGGCGUAGGGAACUUCACCACUGAAGCCCUAAUCCACCGUAUCCAUCCACCGCAGCACACACUCCUUUUGCUGCUUCUUCUCCAACAUGGGUCGCGAAACUAUGUGCCUUUCAACCCCACCACCAACCACUGCCACCACCACAGUGAACCCAGUGCCGCCACCGCCACCAGCACCACCUACCUCUCUUGCUCCAGGCUUCAGGUUCCACCCAACUGAUGAGGAGCUUGUUAUUUAUUACCUCAAGCGCAAGGUUUCUGGCAAAAGCUUCCGAUUUGAUGCCAUAUCUGAGGUUGACAUAUACAGGAGCGAACCCUGGGACCUAGCAGACAAGUCAAGGUUGAAGACUAGGGACCAGGAGUGGUAUUUUUUCAGUGCAUUGGACAAGAAAUAUGGGAAUGGUGGGAGGAUGAACAGGGCUACCAGCAAAGGGUACUGGAAAGCCACUGGGAAUGAUCGACCGGUGAGGCAUGACCAAAGGACCGUGGGGCUGAAGAAAACGUUGGUGUUUCAUAGUGGCAGAGCUCCUGAUGGGAAGAGGACUAACUGGGUCAUGCAUGAGUACAGGCUUGUUGAAGAGGAGCUUGAGAGGGCUGGGACUGGAUCCUCUCAGCCUCAGGAUGCGUAUGUUUUGUGUAGAGUGUUUCACAAAAAUAACAUAGGACCUCCAAAUGGGCAACGGUAUGCGCCCUUCAUUGAAGAAGAGUGGGAUGACGCAUCAGGAAUGGUUCCAGGGGCAGACCAUGUGGAUAACCGCUCUUUUGCCCACCAACCACGUGUUGAAGGCAAUGGUGGUGUUUUAUGCGCUGAAGGGAGAAAUGGUGUUGUACAGGACACUCAAUCUUUCAACAAAGCUCCAUUUGAUGUGAACAAGCUUCCUAUAGAAACUCAAAAUCUUCUAGCUGUGUGCAAGAGGGAAAGCAUGGCUGAGUAUCCAUCACCUGAAAAGGAUGAUAAUAAUUGUAAGCACAUGGAUGACUACCCUUCACCUCAAACAGAUAAUCCAAAGCCUUUCUCUCAAAUAUACAAACGAAGGCGUCAUAACUUGAACUCCAACAACUCUAAUGUUUCUGGAGAUUCAGUCCGAACCAGCCAGGAUCCGUGCUCCUCUACAAUAACUACUGCUGCAACUGCACUCCCAACCGCAACUGUUGCUGGCACAGCCACCAACACUGCACCGAAAAAACAUUUUCUGUCUGCACUGGUGGAGUUUUCCCUGCUAGAAUCCCUUGAAUCAAAGGACAACCUUGCUUCAAUUAAGGCACCGGAUUUUGACACUGAAAAUCUUGAGUCAUCCAUGCCUCCAAGUUGCGCAAAGUUCAUCAAGCAAAUGCAGAGUGAGAUGCAGAAGCUUUCAGUUGAAAAGGAGACGAUAAGGUUUGAGAUGAUGAGCGCACAAGCGAUGAUUAACAUUCUCCAGUCUCGCAUCGACGUUCUCAGCAAAGAAAAUGAGGAUUUGAAGAGGAUGGUGGCCCAAAAUCCAUAGGAAUUGGCAAUGUCAUGCCCUUGUAUCAGUGUAAGUUAGUUACAACUGAGUAAUGAAGCUCAGUCUUCCGGAUAUUUUCUUAUUUUUCUGAGUAAGAAUUGUAGUUCGUUUCUUUGGCUAAACUUAUUUUAAACUUGUCAUCGUGUAUCAUAUGACUUUCAGUUUCCCAUUGUUGUGAAAAUAUGGCCAUGUUAGCAUCUCAAUUUGAUAGCUGAAAAUAGCAGAA